AUCGCCCAAGAUUUCGUCGUCAACAGUGUUCAGUCUGCCCAUACUCGGCGCCUGUGCCUCCAACCCCACCCUUAUCUCUCCGCGACCGCUAUCCGGGCUGAUCCACGGCCCAGUCCUCCCACCUUUCUCUUUACCUUCAGCCGAUAUGCCUUCUGAAUCCGAUGCCAUACCGGAGACUCCUCGAGUCAUUCCUCCUUCCCCCGCGCUAUCUGAGCGGCGGUCAAGCUCGGGCGAUUAUUUUGGACCUACAACCCGCUCCGCGGCACGACGACAGCGACUGGGGGAGGUAACGGAAGAAACACCUGAUAACUCAAAUUCGGAUUCGAAGCGCUCACGCGCGCGGUCUCGUAGCCCAAGUUCUCCAGAGUCUACAAGGCGCCGUAACCGAAAAUCCAACCCCAAGUUGCCCGCUGGAAAGCCCAAGAAACAGACGAAUGGUCAUGCGGAGUCCAACGGGUAUCUAUCACCUGUCGCGAAACCCGGCGGCAGCUGGCACGACAUCUCUCGAUCUCCUUCUCCUCUCGGUCUCAUCCCCCUCCACAGCCGCUAUCGCUCCUUUAUCCACCGUCAUGAGAUUCCGCGCAAGCUCCUCCAUGUAUCGAUCGGCUUCCUAACCCUCAACCUGUACAGCCGCGGCAUUCAGACUCUCCAAAUUACACCAUGGCUCUUCGGAGCUCUCGUGCCGAUCGCCACAGUAGAUAUCAUCCGUCACCAUUCCAGCAAGGUCAACAACUUAUAUAUUCGCUGCGUUGGGGCUUUGAUGCGCGAGACAGAGGUUUCCGGCUACAACGGCGUGAUCUGGUACCUUGUGGGUACAUAUGCGGUACUGCGCUUCCUCCCCAAAGAUGUCGGAGUUAUGAGCGUGCUGCUCCUCAGUUGGUGUGAUACUGCAGCCUCCACAUUUGGUCGUCUCUACGGCCGUUACACAUUUCAGCUGCGCAAGGGCAAGAGUUUUGCCGGAACACUAGGAGCCUGGUUUGUUGGCGUUCUGACCGCCGCAGCAUUUUGGGGAUACUUCGUACCUUACAUUGGAACCUUCCCCAAUGAUCCCGAGGGGUCAUUCAUGUUCACCGGUCAGCUUAACCUUCUUCCUAGCUCGAUCAAGAACCUCAUCGGCUGGAAUGCGGACACCCCCAACGCUGUUAUUUCGGGCCCGUUGGCCCUCGGCGUCAUGAGCGUCGUCUCCGGCUUAGUCGCCGCUGGAAGUGAGUUCGUGGACAUAUUCGGUUGGGAUGAUAACCUUACUAUACCGAUUUUGAGCGGUAUCGGAUUGUGGGGUUUCCUGAAGGUCUUUGGUUGAGAGAUUUCCUGCAGCUCAUGCCGUUAUACUUCGUUAUACCUCUCCGUUCUUGUUCAUUGUCACAGCACUGUUAUAGCUUGGAUGGUCACUAAAGCGCGCGACAAACCGCGAGCCGCAGUAUCGACGUGUCAUUCAUUUCAAACCCCCCUUUUCCUUUUCUCUGUUCAAUCACCUA